GGACACGCACUUCCUGCGACGCCUCGGUGUGCACCUUAUCCGAGCGGAGCCGAACCACCUAGCCGAGCCCAGCCCUUGCAAGCAGUUCGCAAUGGUGGACGAGCUGGUGUUGCUGCUGCACGCGCUCCUGGUGCGGCACCGUGCCCUGAGCAUCGAGAACAGCCAGCUCAUGGAACAGCUGCGGCUGCUGGUGUGCGAGAGGGCCAGUCUCCUGCGCCAGGUACGUCCGCCGAGCUGCCCGGUGCCCUUCCCCGAAACGUUUAACGGCGAGAGCUCUCGGCUGCCCGAGUUUAUCGUGCAGACGGCGUCUUACAUGCUCGUGAAUGAGAACCGAUUCUGCAACGACGCCAUGAAGGUGGCAUUCCUAAUCAGCCUCCUCAGCGGGGAAGCCGAGGAGUGGGUGGUGCCUUACAUCGAGAUGGAUAGCCCCAUCCUAGGCGAUUACCGGGCCUUUCUUGAUGAGAUGAAACAGUGUUUUGGCUGGGAUGAUGAUGAAGACGACGACGACGAUGAUGAAGAGGAUGAUUACUAGGCCUGUAGCCUCUUGGGCCUAGAGGGGGAGAGCCCUGCACGCCACUUCCCCCCCUACCCUGCCACUCCUUGAGCCGGCUGUACUCCUCCCUGCGCUCUGGUCCUAUCCCCUUGCCUGUCCUCCUGUUCUCUCCUUUACCCCCCCCCCCAUAGUGCUUGUCUUUGUUCCAGGAAUAGCGCUCCAGUUACCUGCUGCCUGCACUGGGGCUGGGGCUGGGGCUGGCCUGGGCCUUAGCCCUAAAGCGCGCUGCCAUCAACUCUGGCCAGUCCCUGUAUCCUUGUCCUCCUAGUCUGAACUGUGUCCUGAGCCCCAUCAAUUGGCCAGGCACCUAUUAACACUGACCAGAUCACCCACCGUCCUGCUGCCACCACACACCCAACUGCCAGGCCUACGUCUGCCCAGAGACCUGUGUUGCAACGUUACCACCACGUACCACAUCCCACCGACAGACUUCUGCCUUUGGAGAUAAGGACCAAUAUAGACUAUACCUGAGUUUGCUACACUUCAACAGACACUGAUUUGGACAGCUCACCCACCCCUAAAGGGGCCAGUCUAACCGCCUGGUUAGUUCUCUGCCUACUCCCAGGGUCCUUCCCUGCCCUAUCAGAUUGCUGCGGGAGCCUGCUGUGCCUGGCAGCCCAAAUGUUGACAUUUCUUUUCUCUUAUGCACAUGGUUUUGCACAGCUGUCAUUUUUAAUUCAGCAAUUUCACAGACGUUCGCAUUUGGACAAAUAAUUCUAAAAACAAGCAAAUAAACAAAAACAGGCACUUAGCUGAGCUCCUCUAUACUACCUGGAAAAAGCAUUUGCAUUCUUUUCAAUAAACAUCAAGCACUACAAAAAAAAAAAAA